AUGGCACAACCGGUGCCUCAUCAGACGGCGGAUAAGAGGCGCGUCAAGGUCUACGAGCUCCGCCACAAUGACUGGUUCGACCGCGGCACCGGCUUCUGCUGCGCAUGCCUCGUGCAGGUUGAAGAAGGCCAGCCGAAAGAGCCUCGCGUGAUUGUCGAGUCCGAAGAUCACCCCAACCGACGACUACUUGACACGAAGAUCGUUAAGGACGAUGGCUUCCAAAAACAGCAAGGCAUGCAGUGCCCCGGCUGCUGUUGUGAUACUUUAAUCGUGUGGACCGACAAUGGUGUCGACAUGGCACUGAGCUUUCAGGAGGCCGAUGGAUGCGCCGCAAUUUGGAGGUUUAUCGAUGGGGUUCAGCAAACGGUCCAAGGUGGGAUGACCUGUCCAGACGACAGCAGCCUCUCGGAUGAUUUGACCAUGGAGAUGGCAGCCUCGAUCCAGCUCCCGCCCGCCGACUUGGGCUCGUUGCCCGAGUUGGACAUGGCGAUCCGCAACCUAUCACAGUCCCCUGCCGGCCGCGACGCCCUAGCGAAAACGAUCAUGAACGAAGACUACAUCAGCAAGCUGAUCCCACUCGUGGAGAUGGCUGAGGACCUUGAGAGCUUGGACGACCUUCAUCGGUUGUGCAACAUCAUGAAAACGAUUCUGCUACUGAACGACACCGCGAUCAUCGAGCAAGCCGUGUCGGACGAGUGCGUCCUGGGGGUCGUGGGCGCGCUGGAGUACGAUCCUGAUUUUCCGACCCACAAGGCAAAUCACCGGCAGUGGUUGCACGACCAGGGCCGGUACAAGGAGGUCGUUAAGAUUCAGGACGAGCAGGUCCGCCGCAAGAUCCACAUGACAUAUCGGUUGCAGUAUCUCAAGGACGUCGUGCUUGCCCGCAUACUCGACGACCCAACCUUCUCCGUGCUCAACUCGCUCAUCUUCUUUAACCAGGUCGAUAUCGUCCAGCACCUACACACCACUCCCGGAUUCAUGCACGAACUGUUCUCUAUCUUUCCAAAUCCCCAUGAGCCCCCCUUGCGAAAGAAAGAGGCGGUGCUCUUUAUCCAGCAGUGUUGUGCCAUUGCGAAGAACCUUCAACCGCCAGCCCGCCAGGGCUUGUAUGUGCACUUUCUCAAAGAAGGCCUUCUCCCCGCCAUCAACUAUGGUAUGCGCCACCGGGAUGUGUCGGUGAGAGUCGGCGCAACAGACAUCCUAGUCUCCAUGAUUGACCACGACCCGUCGCUGGUUCGACAAACGGUCUACGAACAGAUCCACAAACGUUCACUACCGCUAACAGACACUUUGAUUGAUCUUCUUCUCGUCGAGGUUGACCUGGGUGUCAAGUCGCAGAUCUCAGAAGCACUCAAGGUUCUUCUGGACCCAGGUCCGUCUCCCAUGCAGCAGCAGCAGCAACAGCAACAACAACAGCAACAACAACAGCAACAACAACAGCAACAACAACAGCAACAACAGCAGCAGGAGCCCCGAGGAGAGCUUGUAACUGGGCAGCCCAGGCUCAGGGCGCAGCCGAUGAUGGACCCUCAGCACGACGUGUUCUUGACGCACUUCUACGAGAACUCGGCCGUCCGGUUGUUCAAGCCCCUCCUCGACCUCGAGGGACGAACGGAGAUGAAAUUCGGUCCGUCGGAGGAAGGAGUCUUCAGCUGCCUGAACGACAUUCUCUGCUACUACAUCCAGCGCCACAACCACCGCAGCAAGUUCUUCGUCCUCACACAUAAUAUCCCUUCGCGGUUUGUUCAGUUGCUCGCGUGCAAAGAGAAGCAUUUGCAGCUCGUUGCGGUGCGCUUCUUCCGGCACCUUGUGAUAAUGCAAGACGAGUUCUAUCUUAAGCAGAUGGCCGACAAGCAGGUGCUCGGGCCGAUCCUCGACGUCCUGCUGCAGACGCUGCCGCGGGACAAUCUCCUCUGCUCGGCGUGUCUAGAACUCUUCAUGCUAAUCGACAAGGAAAACCUCAAAGACCUGAUCAAGCAGAUGGUGGAAAACUACCGCGAGAAGAUGAUGGCACUUGCCUAUAUCGACACCUUCGGUGGUAUGCUCCGCCGCUACGACGAGACACAGGGCUUUACGACGGGCAUCGACCCAUACUUUGAGUCCGAAGAUGAGCUGCCCAGACGAGCGCUGAAUGGGGCUCCGCGGGGCAUGAUGGAGCACCUUGUCGUCGAUCAGGCGCAGGAAGACUACUGGAACAUGUCGGACGACGAAGACGACCUGCCAAGCAGCCAACACGGCGCCGAGGAGAUGUCGCUAGGGAUACCGAACCGUAGCGCUACAGGCUCAAAACCACUGGUCGAGUACAACUCGGACGAGGAGGAUGACACGGAUGACUCAGGCGGAGACGCGGUCAUGACACCAGCCGAGACGCGAUCCCCUGCUUCGACCGCAACAGGGAAGGAUCUCGUCUUUCGAGAAGACCCAGCAACCGCCAGAGCCGACCCGACAAGCACACCAGCGUUAGCUGCCGCCGCCGCCGCCGCAGCAGCAGCAGCAACAAGCUCGCCGCCGGAACGACUGUCAGAGAAACGGCGGCGUGAGGAGGACGAGGAUGAUGCGCUCGAGAAGCUGACGCAGCAUAAGAGGAGGAACAGCAGUAGCGUGGCGGGGAAUGCCGCUGCUGUAACGCCGUCUGUAUCCAUGCUCAGGAAAACCAGGAGCUUUUCUGGUGGUAACAGCGGGGGUAUUGCUGGGAGAGGGGGGAGCCCGAAUGGUAGUACUGGUGUUGCUGGCCCCGGAGGGCUAAGGAAGAUCGCGAUCAGCAUCUCACCCACGGUAAAAAACGCCGCGGCGUUGAAGUCGGUUGGGGAGGAGGGUGGCGGCGGCGGCGGUACUGGAGGCGGAGGAGAGUAG